AUGGCCGCCAACGUCACGCCAGCACCGUCAUCUGGCCCCAAGGCCGAAAUCGCGGAUGUCCCUCAUAUCUCCCACACCGAAAGCAACCAAGCACAUUCCAAAUGGAAGUCCGCCAAAGCGGCCGACGGCGAUACCGCCAUGGCCCUCUUCGACGACCCCGACGAGCUCCACGAGGAAAUCGAUCCCGUCGCGGCAAGGAAAUUAUUGUGGAAAAUUGAUUUCAUGAUUCUUCCUUACCUGGCCGUCUGCUAUGCCUUCUUCUACAUUGAUAAGACGACAUUAAGUUAUGCGGCUAUCUUUGGGAUCCGUGAUGACCUCAACUUGCAUGGGACGCAAUACAGCUGGCUGAGUAGUGUCUUUUACUUCGGCUUUUUGGUGUGGGCAUUUCCGACCAAUUUUCUCAUGCAGCGACUUCCAAUUGGCAAAUAUCUGGGUGCUAACAUCUUCAUGUGGGGGGUCUUCCUCAUGAUCCAAGCUGCAUGCAACAGCUUCAAGACACUCGCUGUCCUCCGAGCCCUUGGCGGAGCCGCCGAAGCAUGCUCAGAUCCGGCUUUCAUGCUCAUCACCAGCAUGUGGUAUACGAGGCGCGAGCAACCAGUUCGUAUUGGCUUGUGGUAUACCGCCAAUGGCCUUGGAAUUGCUUUAGGUGGCCUGCUAGGAUACGGUAUUGGCCACGUUCGAGGUGCCUUGCCCUCGUGGAAAUACGAAUUUAUUGUGAUUGGGGCCCUUUGCUCUGCAUGGGGAAUUAUUAUGUUCAUCUUCCUCCCCGAUUCGCCCGUCAACGCCCCUGGCCUGACCAAGAGGGAGCGGCGAAUGGCGGUUGAUCGUAUCAGGGAGAAUCAGACCGGCGUUGAGAACAAGCAUCUCAAGCCUUACCAGAUUCUGGAAGCAUUCAUGGAUUAUAAACUAUACAUGUUCUUCAUUUUGGGUCUUGUCUGCAACGUACCGAACGGUGGUAUCUCCAACUUUGGUACCAUCAUUAUCCAGGGGUUUGGAUUCUCUACGCUGGUGACAACUCUAAUGCAGAUUCCAUACGGCGUCCUCAUUGCCCUCUCAAUUCUGGCCUGUGUGUACCUCAAUGACCGCUUCGAGAAUCGACGAUGCGUGUUUGUUUUGAUUUUCUUAAUUCCGAAUCUCGUGGGUGCUUUUGGCCUUCGAUUUGUACCCGUCGAUCAACGUGUCGGUCGGUUGAUUUGUUACUACUUAACUGGCCCCUACAAUGCUGCCUUUGUCCUUAUUCUCAGUAUGCAGAUUGCAAAUACGGCCGGGCAUACCAAAAAGGUAGUCACCAAUGCAGUUCUCUUCCUUGGUUACUGUACGGGCAAUAUUGCAGGGCCAUUCUUCUAUAAAAGCGAUCAAUCGCCGACAUAUCACCUUGGAAUUUGGAGCAUGAUCGUGUCACACCUAAUCGAAGCCGUUUUGAUCACUACUCUAGGUCUUCUCCUGCGAUGGGAAAAUAAGAAGCGUGAUCUCAUUCAGUCUCAGAUGGAAGGCGGUCUUGAGGGUCGAGAUCUGGACUCGACUGCGUUCUUAGAUUUGACUGACCGUGAGAACCUGAACUUCCGGUACAUCUAUUGA